AUGGUUUGUACUGCUAAUGAUUUACAAGAAUGGAAGGAUUUUCCUAAAGGACUCAAGGUUCUUCUCCUUCAGGAAGACAGUACGUUUGCUGCUGAGAUAAGAACAAAGCUUGAGGCCAUGGACUAUAUUGUUUCGUCAUUCUGCGACGUGAAUGAAGCCUUGUCAGCAAUCUCAAAUAGACCUGAAGGCUUCCAUAUAGCCAUAGUGGAGGUGAGUUCGCACAGUUGCGAGGGAGGUUUCAAAUUUCUGGAGAAUAAAAAGGACUUGCCAACCAUUAUGACUUCAAACAACGAUUGUCUGAACACCGUGAUGAAGUGCAUAGCACUUGGGGCAGUGGAGUUCCUCAGCAAACCGCUCUCAGAGGACAAGCUCAGAAAUAUCUGGCAGCAUGUGGUUCACAAGGCAUUCAAUGCUGGGGCAAAUGUCCUGUCGGAAUCCCUGAAACCUGUCAAGGAAUCUGUAGUCUCCAUCUUGCAGCUUCAAACAGACAACGGACAACACGACAGUAGAGCUUUGGUUGAGUUAGAAAACGUAUCUCGGUUUUCUGACAACGAGCAUUAUCCAGCUCCUUCAACCCCACAAUUGAAACAGGUGGAAAGAUUACUAGACGACGGGGAUUGCCAGGAGCAGACUAAUUGCUCCACAGAAAAACAAAAAAGUGGAGAGCAUGAUGGAGAAUCUAAAUCUGUCGAAACUACUUGUGAAAAUUUGAAUGCUGAAAACACUCCUCAACAAAGGAAAUCUGAAAUCACUUUGGUUCAAAAGGAAGAGGAGGAUUUUAUGGACACUUCUAAGUGUGAGAGUGUGGUAUCUCCACAUCCGCAAAAUGUGAAGGUUGUCACCAAUAGUGAAAGUAAUACUACAUCUACAAAAAAAAUGGCCAUCCGUAAUCAUAAAUGUGAAUUAAAAGCUAAUAGGAAGAAGAUGAAAGUAGACUGGACACCAGAGCUGCACAAAAAAUUUGUGAAGGCAGUGGAACAACUAGGCAUUGAUCACGCUAUUCCUUCUCGUAUAUUGGAUUUAAUGAAAGUGGAGAGCUUAACGAGACAUAAUGUGGCAAGCCAUCUUCAGAAAUAUAGAAUGCAUAAGCGACAUAUCUUGCCAAAGCAAGAAGACCGCAAAUGGUUAUAUCAACGAGAUCCAAUGCAAAGGGGUUAUUGUUUUCAAAGGCCAAUUAUGCCUUGUCCUCCGUCGUAUUAUUCUAACCGUACCCUUCCUCUAGCUCCUUUAUAUCCUAUGUGGGGACAAUCUGGAAGUCAAAUGGCCGGCAUGCCUAUUUGGGGCACUUCCAGUUAUCCCUUUUGGCAGCGUACAGAAAGUUGGCACUGGCAACCAUUUCCAGGGAUGCAUUCAGAUACAUGGGGCCGCCCUGUGUUACCACCACCUCAAGCUCAAUGCUUUUCCUACACUCAAAAAAAUAUACCUUUGAGGAAUGAUAAUGCUAUGGAUUACACGUUUGGCACGCCCUACAGUUCCUUAGACGAUUAUCCGGAAGAGGAGAUUAUUGACAAGGUUGUGACGGAGACAAUGAGUAAACCAUGGCUACCUUUGCCGAUAGGCCUCAAACCGCCUUCCAUGGAUAGUGUGUUGACUGAGCUUUCAAGGCAAGGCAUUUCCAGCAUCCCUCCAAGAAAUAAUAGUUGUAUUCCCAUUUGA